AUGGUCCAGAUCAGCGAGGUGAAGGGUAACAAGCGAGACAAUCGCACAGCCGCCCAUACUCAUAUCAAGGGCUUGGGCUUGAAAUCAGAUGGAUAUGCAGAGAAGCAAGCGGCCGGAUUUGUCGGUCAAGUCGGCGCGCGUGAGUCCUGCGGUGUUGUAGUGGACUUGAUUCGGGCUCAGAAGAUGGCUGGCCGAGGUGUGCUGCUGGCAGGAGGACCCGGAACUGGAAAGACCGCUCUCGCGCUCGCAAUCAGCCAAGAAUUGGGAACCAAGAUUCCCUUUUGCCCCAUCGUUGGCAGCGAAAUCUACUCCACGGAAGUCAAGAAGACCGAGAUGCUGAUGGAGAACUUCCGAAGAGCCAUUGGCCUGAAGGUCCGAGAGACGAAGGAGGUGUAUGAAGGAGAGGUUACAGAACUCACACCUGAGGAGGCCGAAAACCCGUUAGGCGGCUACGGCAAGACCAUCAGCACGCUCUUGAUUGGACUCAAGAGCGCAAAGGGACAGAAGAAGCUCCGCCUCGACCCAAGUAUCUACGAAGCAAUUCAGAAGGAGAGAGUGACGGUCGGCGACGUGAUCUAUAUCGAAGCGAACACGGGUGCCUGCAAACGAGUUGGCCGAUCAGACGCCUACGCCACGGAAUUCGACCUGGAGGCGGAGGAGUACGUACCCAUCCCCAAGGGUGAGGUGCACAAGAAGAAGGAGAUCGUGCAAGACGUUACGCUACAUGACCUCGAUGUGGCCAAUGCCCGUCCUCAAGGCGGCCAGGAUAUUAUGAGCAUGAUGGGCCAGCUAAUGAAGCCCAAGAUGACGGAGAUUACAGACAAACUUCGUGGAGAGAUCAACAAAGUGGUCAGCAAGUACAUCGACCAGGGUGUUGCUGAGCUUGUGCCAGGCGUUUUGUUUAUCGAUGAGGCACACAUGCUCGAUGUGGAGUGCUUCACCUACCUGAACAGAGCCUUGGAAUCGCCCAUCUCCCCCAUCGUGAUCUUGGCUUCCAACCGGGGAAUGUGCACCAUCAGAGGCACUGACGACAUUGUCGCGGCUCACGGAAUCCCUGCCGACUUCCUCACACGCUUGCUCAUCAUCCCUACAACGCCCUACGAGGCGGAAGAAAUCAAGCGCAUCGUGCGGAUACGCUCAUCAACCGAAGGCGUCUCAGUAUCAGAUGCUGCCAUUGACAAAAUCUCGGAACACGGUGUCCGCAUCAGCCUGCGGUAUUGUCUGCAGCUGUUGACCCCUGCAAGCAUUCUUGCCAAGGCCAACGGCCGCUCCCAAAUCGACGUUCAGGACGUUGCCGAGUGUGAGGACUUGUUCCUUGAUGCUCGCCGAAGUGCCGCCCUCCUCAGCAGCGAGGCCGGGCGAGGAUACCUCGCGUAA